CUUCACACUUCCCAGUUCCCACCACGAAGUCUCUCUCUCUCUCUCUCUCUCUCUCUCUCUCUCUCUGCAGCAUGGAAUCACAUUCUCGCCCCUUGCAAAUCGCCUUCCUGCCUUUCCUAGCGCCCGGCCACAUAAUCCCUCUCUCAGAAAUGGCCAGACUCUUCUCUGCAUGCGGCGAGCACGUGACCAUCAUCACCACCCCGUACAACGCCGGCCUCCUCCAGAGGGCUGUCGACGAGGACGCUGCUGCCGGCCGUCCCAUCCGCCUCCUCCUCGUCCCCUUCCCCGCCAAAGAGGUCGGCCUCCCCGAUGGCCUUGAGAACUUUUUUUCCGCCACCGACCUCGACACCGCCGCCAAGCUCUACCACGCCAUGACCCUCCUCCAAACCCAAAUCGAAAAGCUCUUCGCGGAGCUCCGACCCGACUGCAUUGUUGCCGACAUGUUCUUCCCCUGGACGACCGAAGCAGCCGCUAGGCUGGGCAUCCCCAGACUAGUCUUCCACGGUUACUGCAUUUUCGCGCUGUGUCUCAAGGAGGCCAUGAGACGACCUGACUCGCCCCACUUCCGCGUGGGAUCUGACUCCGAGAAAUUCGUAAUCCCGGGUUUGCCCGACCCGAUUACCAUGACCAGGUCCCAGCUACCUGAUUACGUCCGGACGCCAAACGGGUACACCCAGUUGGUGGAGCAGUGGCGGGAGGCGGAGCUAAAGAGCUACGGCGUUCUGGCCAACGAUUUCUACGAGCUGGACCCGGCUUACACAGAACACUACCAGAAGCUCAUGGGCCACAACAUCUUCCACAUCGGCCCGGCUUCUCUCAUUCAUCGGAGCGCCGAAGACAAGGUCGAGAGAAGCCACAAAAGCGUCAUCGGAGAAGACGAGUGCCUGAGUUGGCUUAACUCGAAACCCGCCAACUCGGUCGUCUAUGUCUCUUUCGGGAGCGCAUGCCGGUUUCCGGACGACCAGCUGUUGGAGAUCGCGUGCGGGCUCGAAGCCUCUGGCAAAGAUUUCAUCUGGGUCGUUCUCGGAAAAGAGGACGACGGCGACGGGGAGGAGAAGAGGUGGCUGCCGGCGGGGUUCGAGGAGAGGACGAGGGGGGUGGGUAUGAUAGUGAGGGGGUGGGCCCCGCAGGUGCUGAUACUGGACCACCCUGCGACCAGCGGGUUCGUGACGCACUGCGGGUGGAACUCGGCGAUAGAGGCGAUCAGCGCGGGGGUGCCGAUGCUUACGUGGCCUUUGUACGCGGAGCAGUUCUACAACGAGAAGCUGAUAACGCAGGUGUUGGGGGUGGGGAUGGAUGUAGGGGCGGAGGAUUGGAACCUGUGGGUGGAGGCUGGGAGGAAGAAGGUGGUGGGGAGGGAGCGGCUGGAGGAGGCGGUGAGGCGGCUCAUGGAUGGCGGCGACCACCGAGGGGAGGAGGUAAGGAGGCGGGCCGUAGAGCUGGGGGUGGUGGCCAGGAGGGCUGUGCAAGAAGGUGGGUCCUCUCACAGGAAUUUGACGGCCUUGAUUGAAGAUCUGAAGCGUUUGAGAGAUUGCAAAAAUGAAUAAAUCGUGCAUGUUGACCGUUUGAUUUGAACGUGGACUCUGGCGAGCUCACAUCUAUGAUCAAUACCACUACUUAGGUUAGGUAGCGGUCAGCAUUUAAGUAGGAUUUCUAGAAAUAUCUUUAUAAAAUAAUUUUAAAAAAAAAAAAGUUGUGUAUGGGCUCCUCUCUCUCUCUCUCUCUCUCUCUCUCUCUCUCUCUCUCUCUCUCUCUCUCUUCAUGUGAGGACUGCUUAGUUUUCUCCAUUUUGUUUGUUUGUUUUGUUUUGUUUUUUGUUUUUGUUUUUUUUUUUCUUUUUUUGUAAGUGAAAGAAAUAUGAUAUGAAUAAAAGGUUCUGCCCACAAUGUC